GGCAACACUGACUGUACGUCUUGUUUUUAUGUAGUGUAAAGAUGGCGGCGACGGUGUGUGUUUCUAGAUGCCGACUCUUAUUAAAAUUAGAAAUAAAUCGUGGUUUGUGUUUAUCACCAAUAUUUAGAGAUUUAUCAAAUAACAAAGAAUCGUGGUGUUGGAGAUGGCGGCCGACGCGUCGUGCUUUUUUUACGAGCGUUUGCGUGCACGGAUCAAAAUCAACACCCACAAAGAUUGAAGAAAAACUUGAUGAUGUCAAUGGCAGACGAGAAGGGCCUGAAAGUGCUGAACGUGGAAGAAAUUUAACGCAGAAAAUGGGGGAGUGGGAGCAGCAGAGACUUAAAUCCUCAACCCUAACUCCUUCGCAACGCAUCCCCAAUAAGUCGUCCAAAGAAGUGUCGGUGACAUACAAACGCGGUCUGCCCGUCAUCACAGUACCGCUGCCGUCGCGACGUGAGAGAUGUCGGUUCACCCUGCGACCCGUCUCGCAGACUGUCGGAGAUCUACUGGAGCAGCUGAAAGCGGAGGACCGCGGCGUCGAGCGUGCGGUCGCGAUGGCUGUUGACGACCGAGUGCGCAUCGCGUCCAGUGACACCGUCGAGGCGCUUCUAGAAAGUGACUUCAGACUCGUCAUCAACGAUACGGAGUACUACGUGAAGAGUCCACCUCAGGAGCGUCUUAGCGCUGAAGAAAUAACACGAUUAAGCGAUGUGAGGAACCUGGUUAACCAGCUGUACGAGGCGUUGAAUGUUAGAGAGCACCAGAUCAAGAAGGAGAGGGAGCUGCGGGCGCAGCUGGAGAAGCUCUCCACUGAGCUACAACCGUUGGAAGAGAAGCGCAUGUCCCUCGAAGUGGAAACAACCCGCAAGACGUCCGUGCUCACGUGGGUGGGGCUCGGUCUCAUGGGUGUGCAGUUCGGCGUGCUCGCCCGCCUCACCUGGUGGGAGUACUCGUGGGACAUCAUGGAGCCGGUCACGUACUUCGUCACGUACGGCACCGCUAUGGCCGCGUACGCGUAUUUCGUGCUGACGAAACAGGAAUACAUCUUGCCAGACGUUAAGGAUAGGCAGCACUUGAUUACACUGCACAAGAAAGCGAAAAAGAUUGGUUUAGACAUCAAUCAUUAUAAUCAGCUCAAAGAUGAGAUUGACAAACUCCAAAAGGACUUGAACCGUCUCCGCGAUCCGCUGCACAUCCACUUGCCGCCACCGAUUAAAGUCGAAGAGAAGAGAUCACCCUUGACCAAAAUCAAAGACAUGCUAGAGGAAACCACGAAGAAAAUAAAAAUCACGUAAUACAAGUUGUCUAUGGCGCGUCUGAAGAUGCGCGAACCAUAGAUGUAGUUUGUUGAAAUUGCGAUGUGCAUUUUUGAAUUUCGAAAUGUGUAUCGUGUAUUGUCUAUGGUUUAGUUAUAUAUGCGUUAGCUUUAAACGUAUUGUGUGGCGCUUAUUUAGAUUAAAACUAAUAUUUAAAUAACUGAUUUAACAAAAAGGUAUGUAUACUAUUUUUCCUAUAAAUGUUGCGGUUGUGUUCUUACUUCUUCAAAUAUAUGCAAUGCACAUGCAUUUUAUUAUUGCAAAUUUGUAUUGUAUAUGAUUGUUAUAUUAAUGUUUUAGC